UAUUUUAUAAGUAACUAAUAUUUUGCAAAUGCGAAUCACGAUGACGCACUAUUUUUAGUCUAGAGACAGUAUACUAAUCAUGGUUUGCAUUAUUUGUUCGCAAUUUGUAAAAUAUUAGUGCGUUUCAAAACAUAUUAAAAAAAAGUGUCGCAACCGAUAUGUCCACGACUGUACAUAAAGAGAUAAAAUUUAUGCUGAUUAUAUAUUUUUUUUCUUCCUAUUUAUCUCUAAAAGAUCUGUCUAGAUUUUCGACAUUGUUAGAUUAAAUUCAUAUAAUAGCAUAAACCCUUUUCAUAAUGGCUUUGUUAAAAAUAUAUAACUAUAUAAAAAUAUAUAAUUAAUAUGAAUAAAAAUAUUGACUUUGUCAGAGGUAAAAGCUUUUCGAUUUGAACGAUACAAGCGGUUUGCCUGUUUUUGUUUGUUGCAAAAGGGCAACUUAUCUUACUUUCAUCUUGAUUUCUUCAAAGAACAAGCGUUCCCCUUUGCAUUCUCAUGUACGCUUUCUCGUUUACCAAGGAUACCAAGUUUUAAAGCCUUCUUUUUUUUCUUUAGAAGAAUCCUUUCCCAUAUCAACUUCAAGUUUUAAAAAGCGCAGACUCAUCAUUGACAGCAAUUUUCGAUCGCACGGCUCCGACGCGUGUCGCGCGUAGAACUUUCAUCGCUCCUGCUCGCGUGUGUAUCGCGAAGGUCGUAUCGAUUUUUUUCACCCCUCCUUCCCCAGUGCCCGAAUGGCAAAUUUACAUACAAUUUCGCUCCGGGGAGAACGCAAGUUUUCUAUGUAUACAUUGGCGAGUGUGUUGAGCGAAUCCUGCUGCGAAUGAAUCUUUUAUGCCUCGCGGUUAACGGGACGAAAGUUUGAGUUUGCAGGUGCGAGACGUGUAACGAGACGUUGUAUUUAUAAGGAAUAUAUAUAGUGUAUGUACGAUAAAAAUUGACUCCAAUCGAAAUCGGUCCUCUCUCGCGCAACAUGAUAAAUUUUCAUAUAUUCCACGCGCGUCUUCGUAUCCGCGCAAAAAUCCGACGCGACAGUUUUUUUCAGCGGACUUUUUUUUCAGCGAGAUUUCUCCCAACGCCAGAUUUCUUCCUCGCGCAAUCGCAGAAUUCGAGAUAACGUGGUCCUCGUGCUCGGCAUAUCGAGCAUGGAUAUGUCGGACCUUGAUCGAUCGAGAAUCGAAAGUAUUUCGACGUCCACGUGAUGAAGAAGAUAUCUGGACUUUGAAUUCAGAGUUCGCGGAAUAUAUCUGGUAGAAAUGUUCAGGUUCUCUUCUCUUCGAAUUUCUUCAAGAUCUUUUCGUCGCUGCAGGGACGAAAUUUGAGAAGCAUGGGAAUCCGUCUGACUUGUACGUUCAGUCUCUCCUCAUCCUUCCGCGCGGCGGCGAUCGGUCUUCCCUCCUUGGAUCCUCUCUUUCUCUGCUCGUGAUUCUAUGUUGACACAUACGUGCUACAACAUAUCGCAUUCCGCAUGCCGGGCUCUUAUAUCAGCGAUACUCAAUCGAGUUUCCUCGUCAGACAGCGAGUUGCAUUUCGCGCGAGAGUCUCGAGUCAUUACCGUCGUCGUCGUUUAACCGCAAACAAUUGUAAUAAAUACCCUUAGAACAUAUAUUAUGUUUUAAGUAAAUACCACCGCAGAUUGUUAACCACAGUCAUUAAAAGUUAUCACUUAGUGGAUAGUGGUAUUUCGACAUUUACAAUUGUCGUAAAUUACGACUUAUCAACAGUCAUAGUUAAUUUGCUCGUAAUCUCUUUGACGAUUUGCGACGCUCGUCGAUUGUUCUUCCUCGCAACGUUACUUCUCCCGCAACGCGGAACGUCGCGUAUAAUAAAUCUCAACAUUUUCUGAACAUAAAUUGAAGAUUAAAAUAAGCGAGAAGCGCGAAAUAAUUAGUGCAACGAAAGAAUAAAAAAGUGACGAUGAAGAACUCGAACGGCGUGAAGAACCCCAUAGAUACCACGGAUCCGAACGAAAGCACCACGUUAAGGCCAAAGUUGGAGACCUUCGACGAUAUCCUGCCGUACGUCGGUGACUUCGGCAGAUACCAAUGGCUGCUUCUAUUGGCCUUGCUUCCCUACAGCGUGGCGUAUGCCACCCUGUACUUCUCGCAGUUCUUCCUCACUCUGGUGCCGCAGGAGCAUUGGUGCAAGAUAAAUGAAUUGGUCUCUUCAAACCUCACGCAGGAAGAAAGAGUGGAGAUCGGCAUACCAAAGUCGCAGAAUUAUCCGUAUUACGACCGAUGCCAUCGGAGGGAUUUGGAUUUCUUCAGUAUUGUAAAUCACAAGAAGGACUAUACCCGCUCGAUCGAAUGGAAGGCAAACAAAACCGUGGAUUGCAGCGGAUGGGAAUACAAUUUCACGCAGAUCCCGUACGCCAGCAUAGCGGCUGAGCUAGAUUGGGUAUGUGACCGGGAGUAUCUCAUAUCGACGGCACAGUCGAUCUUCUUCUGCGGCUCCAUCGUCGGCGGCCUGCUCUUCGGAUGGAUCGCCGACCACAGAGGUCGGAUCCCCGCCCUGGUGCUCUGCAACGGCAUCGGGUUUCUGGCCUCGGUCGCGACCGCGAGCGCGAACACCUUCUGGUCCUUCGCCGUCUGCAGAUUCCUUACCGGUCUGGCUUUCGACAAUUGCAUCAACAUCCCGCUGAUUAUCGUGCUCGAGUACAUGGCCGUGAACAGGCGAACCCUCGUCGUUAACGUUGCCUUCGGCAUAUACUUCGCCGUUGGGAGCACAGUUUUGCCAUGGAUCGCGUACUAUGUCGCAGACUGGAGAUUCUUCGCCUAUGUUAGCGCGAUCCCGAUGAUGAGCGUCUUCAUCACGCCGUGGAUUCUUCCUGAGAGCGCUCGAUGGUUCGUCGCCAACGGCAGAAUAGACAAAAUGGUGCAGAAGCUGCGGCGGAUAGCGAGGAUCAACAGGAAGUGCCCCGACACGCGCAUCUUCGAGGUCUUCAUUAGAAACUUGACCGCGACCGACACCCAAAGGGAAAGCGCGACCAUCUUCGAUAUUCUGAAGUCACCGCGUCUGGCGAAGAACGCCAUCCUGCUAAUCUUCUUCUGGUCCUUGACGAUGAUAGCUUUCGACGGCCACGUAUACUCCCUCAAGCUGAUCCCGAGCUCGGUGUUCGUGUCCUUCUCCCUCGCCUGCGCGACCGAGCUGCCGGCCGGGCUGCUGCUGACGCUGCUAUUGGACCGCUGGGGUCGCCGAUUCUGCGGAUUUAUCACCCUGGCCAUGACUUGCCUUUUCAGCUUCGCCGAACUGCUGUUACAGUCGAUCGUAGCGAAGCUGACGAUGUCGGUGCUCUCGCGAUUCUUCCUGAAUAUGGCAGCCAACGUGGGCCUUCAGUACGCCGCCGAAUUGCUGCCGACCCCGAUUAGGACGCAGGGCGUCGCAUUGAUCCACAUUUUUGGCAUUAUCGCUCAUUCCAUCGCGCCAUACGUGGUGGAUAGCGCCAAGAUUUGGGAGGGGCUGCCGAUGAUGAUCAUCAGCAUCGUGUCGUUUGCAGCCGCUACCCUGAUACUGUUUCUACCGGAGACGCUUGGUCGCGAUCUCCCGCAGACCCUACGUCAGGGAGAGGAUUUUGGCAAGGAGCAAAGUUUCUGGGCGCUGCCCUGCUGCGAGAGACCGCGUUCGAGUCGACAUCGACAUUAUCGUCCAAGCGAGCUGUAGUCUUUUCAAUUUUUAUUAUAUAUAUAUAAAUAUUAUAAAACAAUGCUCGGUAUGAUCGCCGAGGAAAUGUAGUUACUUAAAAGGGGGAAAAAAAAGAAACUUACGUCUCUCGCACGUGAUAAUGUAAUAACUAAUUAAGGUUUCUUUUGUACGAACUAAUAAAGUUCGCGGACCAGAUCGGAAUGAUCUCACAGGAGCAUUUUUCUGGGAGAAUUUACUUGUUUGUAGAGUAAAUGCAUUAGAACAAAGUUUACACGAGGA